AUGGGGACUGCGUUUGCUGUGGUCCUUGUUUUUGUCGGCUGUUGUAGCAAUGUGGUGUCUCUGGAGCUGCUGGUGAGAGAGUUUCCAGGAUGCGGCAACAUAGUCACCUUUGCUCAGUUCGUCUUUAUUGCCUUAGAAGGUUUCAUAUUUGAAACUAAAUUUGGGAGAAAGAAACCAGCAAUUCCUGUCAGUAACUAUGUUAUCAUGGUGACCAUGUUCUUCACUGUCAGUGUGAUCAACAACUAUGCUCUUAACUUUAACAUCGCCAUGCCACUCCACAUGAUCUUCAGAUCAGGAUCACUAAUAGCCAACAUGAUCCUGGGAAUAAUCAUCCUGAAGAAGAGGUACUCAGCCAGCAAGUAUCUCUCUAUUGUUCUAGUUUCCACUGGCAUCUUCAUAUGCACCAUCAUGUCAGCCAAACAAGUGCAUGACGUGUCCAGUGAUGGGUCGAAGGAGCAAGGGCUUUAUGCCUUUAUGUACUGGCUUAUUGGCAUCGCCAUGUUGACCUUUGCCCUGCUGAUGUCUGCGAGGAUGGGCAUUUUCCAGGAGACGCUCUACCAGCAGUAUGGGAAGCACUCCAAGGAGGCGCUCUUCUAUAACCACUGCCUGCCUCUGCCGGGCUUCCUCCUUCUGGCCACUAACAUCUACAACCACUGCAUCCUUUUCAAUGAAAGCACUCCCGUUCUCGUUCCUGUGGUCGGGCUGACCAUGCCGACAAUGUGGCUCUACCUGCUGAUCAAUGUCGUCACACAGUACGUGUGCAUCCGUGGCGUCUUUAUCCUGACCACAGAGUGCCCUUCGCUGACCGUCACCCUGGUGGUGACCCUCAGAAAGUUCGUCAGCCUCAUCUUCUCCAUCCUUUACUUCCAAAACCCCUUCACCGCCUGGCACUGGGUGGGCACAGCUGUGGUUUUCAUUGGCACCCUGCUGUACACGGAGGUUUGGAGCAGCAUGCAGGCGGCUCUGCGGGGGGCCGGAGUCAAGGAGAAGAAGGCAGAGUGACGAAAGUGACGAAGGAGAGACUGCCGGCAGAUUGUAAAGAGGGGGAGGAGGGGGAAAUCUGCCCCCUUGGGCAAAUUUGAAAUGUUUUUAAAUCUCCUGUGGUAGUUUUAUACAAAUACAGUCAUUUUGUUUUCAUACUUGAUCUUACAUGUUUCACCAACUGCAGUUUAAAGGAGGUGCUGAUGAUGCUUUUCAGUGAUUAAAUGUCAUGAAAAGACCAAAAAUGGUGGACAGCGAAUCUUUUGCAACCCCGUCAGCGUCCACGCCUCUCUGAAUGGAGCGCAGACGUUAUGAAUCGACAUUUGGUUUUUUGACGCUUUCUUAGCCACACCUUGCUAGUGCCGCAUUGAACUGCUUCCCAUCAUUUUACCACCUACACGAGCUGCUCUGUUGGAAUGAGAUCUGCAGACUAGAAAACGCUAAAGUUCACUAAACUCAAUUUCAUGUUUGUAAGAAACCAGUGUGAGAUGAUCUGAGCUUUGUGCAUCAUCCUGUUUGAAGUGGCCAUCAGAAGAGAGGUACACUCUGGUCCUAAAGGGACGGAUGUGAUCACCAGCAAUAAUCAGGUCUGCUGUGGUGUUUGAAACGAUGCUCAGUUUGUAGUAAGAGGUUUAUGACACCACCGUCAUCAGUCUGAGAGGUUGUCAUAUGCAGGUUGAUCCGGAUCUGACCUCUUCAGCUCGCCAUCACCGCUCAGAACAUGCAGGUUGUCACCUGUUGCAUGAAUCUCUAAUCCAGCUCCAGUAGACAAGGUUUUUAAACUGCACAACAGUUUAGCCUUAAAGUUUUGCUUCUUCUGUUCCAGAAACUUUCACGUGUGUAGCACUCCUCAGUACGCUCCAUUCUUACACUAUUUUCCCCUUAAGAAGUGUUUAGACAUGACUUUUUAUUUUCUUUAGCAGUUUAUUGUGAUUUGACUGGUCGUGUUAUGCAGAGCGGUAAAGAUAAAUCAGAGUUUUACUGUAUAAUGCCAACCAACAUUUACAUUUGGGGCCCACGUUGGUUGAAAUGGGCUGUGAAAGCAGAUAAUUGCCGCAAUUUAGGCCUGUGGCUGCAAAGUGAGACACAUGUUGGGGCAAAAUGUGAUGCAUAAUUUGUAGAAAUGGUCUUAAUUUCUGAAAUCUGACCACAUCCUACAUAGGAUGUCCUGCAUACACUAGGGUGCAUUUCGUCAGGCCAAGCAAGAAGCCAAUCCGAGCUCGCAAACAUUGGCUCGGGUGAAACAUGAAUCCAAUAUUUUGGUCUUUUCAUGAUUUUUUUUUUUUUUCAAAAAAACACAACUGUCACCAGAUCUACUUUUUUGUUUUAGCAUUUGUACCUCAGUAGCAUUCAUUGACCAAUGGUGCAAUUUCUUUGUCUUGUCUGUAAUAAUGCUGUUUAGAUAUUUUUAUUUAAUUCUUUUUUGAAAGCGUGAGGUUAAUCCGUACUGAAUCAUGAGUAUGCAGGUUAUUUAUAUGGCUCCUUGCUCUUAGACCAUGUUGUCUCAGGUGUGUUGGACCAGUGUCAACAAUCUCUACACUCCGAAAUUAAACUAGUUUUAAUAAA